AUGGACGCCAAUUCGAAACCUCGUAAGUUGUUAUGGCUCGUUUUUCUCCCACGCGUCACUUCAACUACCGAAUUCGUAUAUGAUGGAAUACCUGAAUCACCCAUGGGAAGACGAACCUGAAUCACCCAUGGGAAGACAGAAUGCGUUCGUACCGCGCCCAGAGUGUCGAAGAAUAGCGUUAACCUGUUCUUUGUUCGGGCACGGUAAUUCUUUGCGAGGGUGCACACACGGAACAGCCAAGAAGCGCGCGGGCGGCAGACGGCGACGCGCUCUCCGAGCCUUUCUCCGUGCGCCAAAGCGAACUUUCUCUCUCCGAGGAGAGGGAGUGAUCACUGCACCCUCGCAAAGAAUCACCGUGUCGGGCACAAUCAUCGUUUGAUCGCCUUGAAACGAAUCGGUUUGCAGCCGAUGAGAAGAUUGAUUUAUCGGGGUGAUAGGGCCGAAUUCGCAAGAGUGUAAGGAAAAGAAAAAGUUCAUGAAAAGAUAGAAAAAGAUAAGGAUAGACUUCGUUUGCAGGACUGGUGCCGUCGACACGAUUCGCGCUCUCGCUGGUCAUGUUUUUCGGAUGUCUUGUCACAUACAUGAUGCGCACGAAUAUGUCGUUCGCCGUCGUUUGCAUGGUGUCUGAGAACAAAACAGACGCAGCCGUCUCGAACGUUUCGAGAUGCGGAAAGGAAAUUACAUCAGCUAACAUUAACAGCUCGGUACGGAAAAUAGGGAAAAAGGGAAAUGAAAAGAUGGAAAGAUCGAUUUUCAGGUGAUUGGAGAGUUUGACUGGGACAAGAAGACGUCUGGAAUGCUGCUCUCUUCGUUCUUCUACGGAUAUCUCGGAAGUCAAAUUCUGGGUGGGCAUCUCGCCUCUCGAUACGGAGGAAAGCGCGUCGUUUUCGUCACGAUCCUUGGCUCGGCCCUUCUCACUCUUGUCAACCCAGUGGCCGCCCGUACUUCCGCCUACGCGUUGGCUGGCGUCCGUGCUGCCAUCGGAUUCCUUCAAGGAGCGACGUUCCCAGCAAUGCACACUAUGUGGUCCGUCUGGGGUCCGCCGCUCGAGCUCUCUGUCCUCACCGGAGUCACAUAUGCCGGUGCUCAGAUCGGAAACGUCAUCGUGCUUCCGCUCUCCGGAUUUCUGUGCCAGUACGGAUUCGACGGGGGAUGGCCAUCUAUCUUUUACAUCAUUGGAGCGUUCGGAGUAAUGUGGUGUGCUGCCUGGUGGUACAUCAGUGCUGACAAACCAGUCAACCAUCCGCGCAUUUCGGCUGAAGAGAAACAGUACAUCGUGUCGUCGGUUGAAGCCUCAAUGGGCAAGGACACUGGGAAGGUUCCGUCGACGCCAUGGGUCAAGAUCCUCACGUCGCCAGCUGUCUGGGCGUGCUGGGCUGGACACUUUGCCGGCGAUUGGGGAGCAUACACGAUGCUCGUCUCUCUGCCAUCUUUCUUGAAAGAUGUUCUCGGGUUGGACCUCUCAUCGGUACGUUGAAAUGAUUUUUUUCAAAAAUUGACUAACUUCCUCUCAGCUCGGAGUGAUUGCUUCUAUUCCAUACAUCGCCUACUUCGCUGCUAUCAACGUCGGAGGAAUCGCAGCAGAUACCAUCCGCGCUAAGGGGCUGCUCUCCACACUGAACACGAGAAGAGCCGCAAUGCUGGUCGCCCUCAUCGGACAAGGCAUUUUCCUCGUCGCUUCCGGCUAUUGCGGGUGCGGACAAGAUGUAAGAAGAGAUCUUCUGGCUGCCUUCACGUUUUCCACUUUUCAGAUUCUCGUCAUCUUCUUCCUCACCUGCGGAAUGGCCAUUUCUGGUCUUCAAUACUCUGGCUUCGUCGUCAAUUAUCUGGAAAUCGCGCCUCCAUUCUCUGGAACAGUCAUGGGGACCGGAAAUACCAUCUCGGCUCUUGCUGGAAUCAUUUCUCCGGCUGUCUCCAGCGUUCUGACACCCAAUGUAAGAUAACCUUGACGAGAAAAAGUGAAAUUGAAAUAUUCAGGGCACGCAAGAAGAGUGGCAACUGGUUCUCUGGCUGACGGCCGGAAUUUUGACUGCAGGAGCCCUCAUUUUCUCGAUCUUCGCUUCUGGAGAAGUGCAACCAUGGGCGAAGCUCACUUUCGAAGAAGGUCACGAAAUGGCUCCACUGAGGGAAGGAGAGAAGAUCGAGCUGGCAACCGCAUAG